GGCAGCAGUGGUCGCCGCGCGCCACUCGAGUACCGAGCCCGUAGCUGCGCGCGCGCCGCACGCACACACCCGCACGCGCCCGCACGCAUGCUCGCACGCACGCGACAAGUGUCAUGCAGUGAUUCUUAACGUUUGUGAUAGAUCCGAUUGCUCUCUACGUGUGAUAACGCUGUUACUAUAUUUUUGAUCUCGAGAUAACGGGCGUCAAGGUGCACAAAAGACGUGUGACCAUUACUGAAAAACUAGUGACAUUUAAUUAAAAGACUGACAAUGGAAUACUCAAGAAACAUUCUGCUAGCAGUGGUGGUGGUGGCGCUGGCUUGCCACAGCAGCGGCGCACCCACCAGGAGGUCACGCGCCGCCGCCCUGCAGACCGAGGAACCCACCACAGCCAGGGAGAACAAACUACAGGACGAGUUCAAGGAAACCACCACCACAACUGAAGCACCAAUAACCGCCAGAAGGAACAAAGCCCUCAACCUAUUCGGCUUCUACCCCUCCUUCCUAACCUCCGGCGUAGACUACUCCGAAGAUGACGAUGACAUCAACUUCACGGUCAACGACGAGAAUUUCGAAGAUGAAGACCUCUCCCGAACCAUCCCCUCCAGACGCAGACAGCAGAAUAAGAAGAAAAAUGGCAACGGACAGUACCCGAAUGACAGCAUCAAUUCACUGCAGUACGAGAACUCGCCCAUCUUCUACAUCAGGCUGCCCCCCACUCCGUACAUGUUUGUACCUGGCUUAGGAUACGUCUCUCAACCACCAAGCCUCGGCCCCCCAAUGGCUCCAAUGAUGCCACAAGUGCCACCACAGGUAGCAGAUCCCUUCAUCAACCUGCCUAUUGACUUUGUCUCAAAUGGAAAACCUACUGGAGUGUAUCAAUGGAGCGGUGCGCCUGCAUACCCUCAAAUGCCGCAAGUGGACCCAUUCGGAUAUGGUGGACAGCCCAUGAUCCCAGCAAGGCCGACGUACAACGUACCCUCAUACUCCCCGCCGAAACCUAAGCCUACUCCAUCGAACUCAAAGAUUACAAACCUUAAAGGCCAGUACGUUUUCAAUGGCAAGCCACAGGAUAAUGUCUACGUGCUAAGAGACACAUACAACUCCAUAUACUCGGAUGCCCUACAGAACUUCUACCCUUAAGGCCUGAGUUACGUAGGAUAGGAUUGUGUCUGGCUCGUAUCGAGCUACUGUAAUUAACGAAUUUCGAGGGACCAACGUGCCGACGUAAAGGGAAAGUUUACAACAAAGUCAAUGAUCAGUAAUUAUGACAUGGAAAGUUAAUUAGCUCUCACACGAAAAAUAAUGAGUUAAAUGAAAUCUUAAAAACAAUUAUUAUGCUUAAGAAACGUGAGGGACCAAUAACUGCAGCUGACUAUCGUUGCAAUUAAGUUUACUUGCCAAGAAAAAGCCGAGUCGAAGUAGGCUCGAAGAAUUAUGAGUGAGAUCUGCUACUUAAUGAAUUUAUAUUAUGAACAUAAUUUCAUAUUUUUGAUAAUACAUUCUUUGUUUCACGAAAAAAAUAUUAUAUAAUCUUAUUCAGUGCUUUAACUUCAAACAGCUGUCAUUUUGCCAGAUUCAUAAAUCUAAUAAUUUGAUACUCUAAUUUAGUUUACCAAAUGCAAGGUAGUGUUUUAAUAUGUUAGGAACAUCCUUCCUUCCUUUUCUGUAACAAAUAUACCUACAAAUAGUAAUAGAUUAGAUAGGUUUUUAUUGAAAAUUUAAUGUAAGCAUGUAAAGCUAUGGAGACUUUUCUAAAUAUUUAUUUUAAUAUAAGAAUUGGUGAUGCAAUUGAAUUGCAGCUGAUGUUAAUAUUUUAAUAAGUAUUCAUAAAAGUCAAACGUAGGAUUUAUUCGUACUUACCGCUUUCUCUACUAAUAAAUACCUAAUCGACUUAAGUUUGCUAGAAUUUUCAGACUCAAGCAAGCAAUCGAUUUUUCAGUUUCAUAAUUCAAAUCGAAUGGGCCACAUGUGUCAUUUCCCAUUGUUAAAAUAUUUAGUUAAUAGAUAGCUGCUUUGGUACAAAUAAAUUCACUUAUCGAUAUGCAAGUAUGUUUUAUCUAUAGCAAUAAAAUUUUAUGGAAAUAAAAAAAAAUAUCUGACUUUAAAGAUGGAACGAGAGGAUCGAUUGAUUGCUUCAGAGUGGAAACUAAACUAUGCAAUAAUUUUGGGCAAUAACAUGUUUUGAGUCAGCGCUAGAUUUAAAUACUUAAUCCUUAAUGUUAAAUAAUUUAUUGACCUUAUAUUUAUUCACUAAAUUAUUUUCCUAGUUUUAAGAUCCUAAUUAGGUACAAAAUAAUAAAAAAGAGGCCGUCCAUGAUAAAAAAGAACUAAAUAAAAAUAAUUAUCUACCUACUAAUUUAAAGGUAGCUUCAUAAAUGCACCAACCACUCACACAUUAAUUGUAACAUGUUGGGUGGCAAUUAAUCUUAGGAAAAAGGUGUUUAAAUAAUUGGUGUUUACAGAUUUUUAAUCUUUGAUUAAGUACAUUGCUACUGUAAAUCGAGAUUGAAUAUAUAAACCACCACAUAAUGUAAUAUUUUAUUGCUAGUAUGUAUUUGAUCCAUAAUUACUUUAAAAGGUAAUCCCUAAAUACAAAAACUAGUA